AUGAACACCUCUGAAGGACAUCUUAUGUUAUCUCCGGAUUAUAAUGACCUCAAACAUUCUCCGAGAGUGAAUCCCAUUACUCAUAAUAGACAUCACCGACCUUCCCAUUCAGAGAAAUCAACAGAUCCCUCUAAUCCUGAGGAAUCUUCUGUAGGACAUGAGGGAGACCACACAGGAGAGAGUUCAUGUAAUGAAAUCAAAGAAGUUCCUAUACACCAGACGAGUCACAAGAUUAAGCGUCAGUUUCCAUGUUUAGAGUGUGGGAAAAGUUUCACUGAGAAAAGAACACUUGUCAGACAUCAGAGAAACCACACGGGUGAGCGUCCUUAUUCGUGUUCCGAAUGCGGGAAACGCUUCACUGAUAAAAUGUACCUUCUUAUGCACCAGAGAAGUCACACGGGUGAGCGCCCUUUUUCGUGUUCAGAGUGUGGGAAAAGUUUUGUUCAGAAAGGAAACCUUCUUAAACACCAGAGAAUCCACACGGGCGUUCGUCCAUUUGCGUGUGCAGAGUGCGGGAAAGCUUUUAGUGAGAAAAAAACGCUCCUUACGCACCAGAGAAGUCACACGGGUGAUCGUCCCUUUUCGUGUCCAGUCUGUGGGAAAAGUUUCACUGCAAAAGGAAACCUUAUUAGACACCAGAGAAGUCACACGGGUGUACGCCCCUUUUCGUGUGCAGAGUGCGGCAAAUGUUUCACUUCUAAAGGGGGUUUUCUUAUACACCAGAGAAAUCAUGCAGGUGAGCGCCCUUUUUCAUGUCAGGAGUGUGGAAAAUGUUUCCCUUUGAAAGGAGACCUUCUUCAACACCAAAGGAUUCACACAGGUGAUCGUCCAUUUUCAUGUUCGGUGUGUGAAAAAUGUUUCACUGCGAAAGGAAGCCUUGUUAAACACCAGAAAAUUCACACGGGAGUGCGUCCUUUUUCAUGUCCAGAGUGCGGGAAAUCUUUCACUGCGAAAGGAGACCUUCUUCAACACCAGAGAAGUCACACGGGGGAUCGUCCUUUUUCUUGUUCAGAGUGUGGAAAAAGUUUCACCGCAAAAGGAAGCCUUCUUACGCACCAGAGAAGUCACACAGGUGAACGUCCUUUCUCUUGCUCAGAGUGCGGCAAAUGUUUUGCUCAACGAGGACACCUUCUUAAGCAUCAGAAGAUUCACACUGGCGUGCGCCCUUUUUCGUGUUUAGAGUGCGGGAGUUCCUUCUCUGUGAAGGGUGACCUUCUUCAACACCAGAGAAUUCACACGGGUGAGCGUCCUUAUUCGUGCUCUGAGUGCGGGAGGUGUUUCACCGCCAAAGGAAACCUUCUGAAACACCAAAGGAGUCACACGGGUGAGCGUCCUUAUUCCUGCUCAGAGUGUGGGAAAUGUUUCACUGUGAAAGAAAACCUUCUGAAACACCAGAGAAGUCACAUGAGCUAG